CUGUUAUCCAGCUUGAUCGGAAACACUGUUAUUAUCAUCAUAUUCUACCGGCGAAAAGAUUUAAAGAAGACUACAAAUUACUUUAUUGCCAAUAUGGCGAUUUCCGAUCUCAUCUUUCCGUUAACACCAAUUCCGCUUAGCAUCAUCGGACUAGAAACAUUGCCUGUCAGUGUUUCUGCAGGAUCAAUUGUUUGUAAACUGCAGAUUUUCUUAGGUGGUGUUUCAUUGACUGUUUCGGUAGAGAGUCUUGUUUGGAUCGCCGUGGAUCGGUUCAUUGCAGUGGUCUUUCCAAUCAAAGUUCAUCGCAUCUCCACAAGGUUUCGCCGCUUUGCUGUGACGUCCACUUGGAUUGUUGCUGUAUUAAUUUGCUCUGUUCAUUUGUACACGGUUGAAGCGAUGGAGGUAAAUGGUAAAAUAGUAUGCAUGGAAAAACCUCAUUCGUCUUUCUACCCAACGUACGGAUAUGUUCAAUUAGUCGUACUUUAUAUUGCACCGCUUUUGCUAAUGACAAUUUUGUACACCGCUAUAGCAUUAACUCUACGUAGGCAAGAUAAAGCCCUGGCUAUCUCGGCAAUAGUGAUUAAGAACAUCCAAAAGAAACGGCAGGCUUUGAAAAUGAGCGUCUGUGUCAUGGCUGCGUUUUAUUUGCUUUUUAUCCCGAACUUGAUAGUCGUCUUUUUUCAUAAAACACUGGUUGAAAUUUCCUGUUUGUUGUAUUCUUCGAUAAUGAUAUUUGCUUCAGCUACGACCUGCUUUUCUUCGAUAACAAAUCCAAUCAUUUGUUUCAUAUUUGUCGAAAACUACCGCCUCGGUUUAAGAGAGUUGCUCAGUAUCUGUCAUAUUAAAAAGUCAGCAAGACGUUGGAAAAUGGGAACAGGUGAUCGAGGGGAAGUAUCCCUUCAAAGCAUAAGAGUGAGAUGCUGAGACGGAAGAGAAAAUCUUUCAAAACAAGUGCACAUUGCAGUAAGGGGAAGACAAAACGAAAGAGAGUCAAUCCUUUUUAGUACAGUUAAGACCAAUUAAGUUUUUUUUCUGGUAGUUGUCAUGCAAUUCAUUUUCAAAUAAUCAUUUUCUCAGGUAUUUAGGGCCAUUUCUUCCAGUAUUUAAUCAAGAAAAUUGCACUGAUUUAGGCGGGAAAACGAAGGGAACGACAAUCUUUUCUGACAGUUGGUUUUAAUUCUUGAAAGAUCUUAUAAACUCAUUCAGACCUAAAGAGGGCGAUUUUUGUCUGUAAAUCGUAGUUAAAAGUGAUGUAGAAAUAGCCGUCAUCAUUCUACUACGUGUUUUAGCGCGAAUGUCGUAGUGGUGGAAACGAGUUAUCAACUGCAGGAAGUUUCAUCAUUUUGCUAUUGGGAGAGGGCUUAACCUCCUUCAGUAUAAAUAAAACUACUGACUUUUUGGCAAAAAAAAAACUGAGUAAAAUGAAGCUUUCCGAGGUUGUCUUUUUUUUUGGAACACGCGCAAAAACGUAAGUUAAAUGUCGUAUUCGUACUCGUUUUCGUCCUCAAAACUAGAGCUCUCUACAUAUUUAUAAUAAAAGUGUACACCAAAUUACUCGGGGUAGUCCCCUCAGGGAGGUUAUAAAAAAUCCCUGCCAUUAAUAGGAGCCUUGAGGUUACUAAAUAAGUAAUAACAUAUGCAGUAAUGAAAAACAAUAGAUAACAAAAUGUACAUUUACAAUAAUUAUUAAUAACCGAACUUCCAAGGUAAUAAACAAUCUCUCCGUUAUGUACUUUUACAAAAAUUAUUAAAAACUGUACUUUCAUGAUAAUAAAAAAUUCUCCUGGCUACUUCUCUCCUUGUUUCUGUUCUUAUUGUUGGCGCAUGCAAACGAUAACGUUAUUUUAAUUCUUUCGUGUUUUCCCCUAUAAUGUUUAAUCAAAUUCAGAUCUUGACUUAAUAAUGAGGCAUUGUCCUUCCAGAUCCUUUGUAAGUCAAUCUUGUGUCCACUUGGAAAAACUCUACUUUGUUCACCUGUAGUGAUAGUGUUAGCAUGUAGUCCCAUGUUUAAUUAUGUAUUACACAAUAGUCUCGGAAACUGAAAGGCUUUUAUCGCGUCGUUGACUCUUGACAUAAUAGGGAGAAAGUGUGGAGUCAGGGCUGGUGUGUCACUUGAACAAAGGUUUCUAUAUUCUACCACAAACGUACUUUCUAAGUGCAAAACUAGCAGGCAAGGGCAUGCUUUCUGCACCGAAUUUAUCGGGAACUUCCAACAUCUCGUCACAAGAGACAGAAUGUAACAUUUUUGAGCUGUCUUUUCCAGUAGAAGUCAUCAAAAUUCUGAUCGUCUCCAUUUUAUCAUUGUCCAGCUUGAUUGGAAACACCUUCAUUAUUCUCAUGGUUUAUAAGCGAAAAGAAUUGCGGAAGACUACAAAUUUCUUCAUUGUCAAUAUGGCGGUUUCCGACCUAUUCUAUCCACUAACGGGUAUAGCAGCGACUUUAUCAUCCACUUCGUUAGUCCGGUCGUCACGAUUGGUUAUAGCAAGCACUACAGAGCUGAUCUCUUGUCACCUCGUUUCUUUUUUUCAGGGUGUUUCGUUAACUGUUUCUAUAGAAAGCCUUGUCUGCAUUUCUAUGGAUCGGUUUGUGGCGGUUGUGUUUCCGUUGAAAGGCCAUCUCAUCACAGCAAGAGUUCGCACCGCUGCCAUAACUUUCACCUGGUUCAUCGCGGUGUUUCUAAACUCUGUUGAAUUUUAUAUGCCUGUUUGCGCCUAUAAAAAUACUUCCACUUUUUAUGUAGACUUUGGAAGAGGACGAACUACUUUUCUUUUCACCGUACCUCUGAUUAUCAUAGCGAUUUCUUAUUGUGCUAUAGCAAUAACUUUGCGAAAACAUGACAGAGCUCUUCAGUGCGGCAAUCAAAGCAAUCAAAGAAAACGCCAAGCUAUAAAAAUGAGCUUUUGUGUGAUGCUGUCUUUUUACUUUCUCAUUCUUCCUUUGACAAUAGUGGCCAACUUAUUACCCGAUCGAAAAGUUUUCAAAUCUUGUUCUGUGCUCCAAAACAUCUGGUUACUUGUUCAGUUGGCUCUUUACACGUCUUCAACUGUCAAUCCGAUCAUUUGCAUUGCAUUUGUUCAGAGCUUUCGUCGAGGCCUAACCGAGAUCCUCCCAUGCUAUUACAGCAAAAAUCUGAAAGUGGAAGAGAGAAGAAAGAGCAACCAACAGGAGAUAAGACUUGAACGGUUUUGAAUUAUUGGUGCAUUCGAUAGGAGAGAAACUUAAGUGAUAAAAAAAAUUACAAAAAUAAUGAACAAUAAUGACGUUUAGCCUUAGUUUAAUCAACAGAAGUUUAGCCUUAGUGUUCAUCUAUCUGGAAGCUAUGUAUAGUAAAUAUAACCUAUGUAAAAUACAAUGUGCAUGUAAACGGAACCGCAUAGAGAGAAGUAAGUCUAGAAACACCCUCAUUUAUGUUAAAACUGAACACCAUUCGCCAUUUUUGCAUUUCCAUAAUAGCCACAGUGUUUUCCUCCAACAUUUUGCGAGCGCAUUGUUUUCAAUUUCUUUUGUGGGAAUAACAGUCGUCUCUGCAAGACUUCUGACUUAAAUGUCUUUAAUGUAUUAAAUGUCUUAAAUAUCCACAGUAUGGAAGUUUUUUUUAUUAGAUUGCCUUUAGCACUAACCUUGGGCAAACUGGCUUAUCAUAAAAGUUCUUUUCCGUUUUUUUUUCCUCUGCAUGUCGUGAUCUUGGUGUACGAUUAAUUUGUCCCUUUAUAUGGUUUUGUUUGUUAUUGUAUGUAAAACGAAAUAUAGAGCAAAUGUGACAGUAAAUCAGGAUAAGUGAACUAACUCUGUGUUUGAAGCCUAAAAAGAAAAUUGAUGGAAAAGAUCAGCUUAACGUUCCUCUAGAUUAAGCCUUCACAAAACAUUGUCUUUUUUGUUUUUGUUUUUUUCUUUUUAACUCCCAUACAAACUCUGUAUUUUUACAUUCUUGUGAGCGGCCAGCUCCAAUUACGGAAACUUUUUUUGCGUCCCGAGGGUAUCCGCUUACUAGAGCUUCCACUGCAUAUAUAUAUUCAAGAAAGUAGAAAAGUACUUGUGCGCUGGUUGCAUUAGUGGCUCUGUUCAGCCAACGUCCGUAAACACUUUUUUCUUGUUAGAGCAAGCUGCGAAAGAAAUGUCGAUAGUCUUAAAACGUGUCAAGGACUUUAAAGAAAGAGUAACACGGUGAGCAAAGUUUGUGUAAUGGCUACAAGGCCUUGGUUUAUGAUUGAUCUCGCAUUUGCCAUUCACGUUUUCUUCGUUGUAGUGAUUUCCGUAUGCCAUUAAUUUUUCAAUUCAUAGUUUGUUUUUUCCACGGGGUGAACUAUAUGAUCCAGUAUGACAGUACAGCAUACAGCAGGCUACACACGAGGUACUUUAGUCAUCAAUCACGAGCAGGAGUGUUUGUCAGGUUUUUGAAUUGAUAAAUGUUUGAAACACGAACCGCAUUUCAGACUGCAAGUUUAUUGAACAGCAUAAAAACUUAAGUUCUUUUUAAAUAUGUAAACUAAAUAUAAAAAUUAGAUAUUAAACACCUUUGUCUGUUUCUAAGUUCUAAAUAUUUUAAUGUUAAAAGGCAUAGAAAAUGAAAUACUAAAGUUUAAUAAAUAAAUAAUGUACAAACUCUUCGUUAUGUACUAUAACAAAAAUGAUUAAAAACUGUACUUUCAUGAGAAUAAAAGAUUUUCCUGGUUACUUCUGUCCUUACUUCUGCUCUAAUUGUUGGCAGAUGCAAACGGUAGCCGUGUUUUAAUUCUUCUGUGUUUUCCCUGUGAUGUUUAAUUAAAUAAUUCAGAUCUUGACUUAAUAAUGAGGCAUUGUCCUUCCAGAUCCUUUGUAAGUCAAUCUUGUGUCCACUUGGAAAAAUUCUACUUUGUUCACCUGUAGUGAUAUUUACUAUAGUGUUAGCAUGUAGUCCCGUGUUUAAUUAUCUAUUACACAAUAGUUUCGGAAAAUGACAGGCUUUUAUCGCGGCGUUAACUCUUGACAUAAUACGGAGAAAGUGUGGAGUCAGCGCUGGUGUGUCACUUGAACAAAGGUUUCUAUUCUACGUAAUUUUUUCUGUGAACUAACCAAAAACGUACUUUUUUGCUGCAAAAUUAGCAGGCAAGGGCAUGUUUUCUGCAACGAAUUCAUCGGGACCUUCCAACUUCGAUUCCAAAUCCACCAACAUCUCGUCACAAGAGACAGAAUGUAACAUUUUUAGCCUGUCUUUUUUAAAUGUCUUUAAUAUCUACAGUAUUGAAGUUUUUUAUUAGAUUGCCUUUAGCACUAACCUUGGGCAAAUAAAAGGUUCUUUUCCGUUUUUUUCCUCCGCAUGUCGUGAGUUUGGUGUAUGAUUUAUUUGUCCUUUUUAUAUGGUUUUGUUUGUUAUUGUAUGUAAAACGAAUUAUAGAGCAAAUGUGACAGUAAAUCAGGAUAGAAAAAAUAUCUCACCAGUUCGAAGCAUAAAGUUUUGCCGAUUAUCUGUUGUUGUCGAUGUGAAAUCGCCAUUCAAGUGGUCUAGAUCUCGGUGUGGCAAACUGAAAGAAAUUGGCCAAAAAUGUCUGUAUUCACUUUUUCUUUUUCGCCAUGUUGUUCGGGCGUUCAGCAUUGUUCGCCUGUCUACCUCAGUUAGCAAAUGGAACCGCACUAAGGACGCACUCAAGAAAAUGCCCCAGACGUUUGAUCUCAGUGACGCGACCUGGUUACGUGCGCAGUUAGGGUGCGCAUAAACUAUUGGCGGGGAGGAGCCAGUUGCAUUACAACUCACUGCUACUCUUAGGCGACGAGACAUUGCCGAUGAUUAUCAAAUAGAAGUAAAAACAAUUGGUGUAAAAUGUAAAUAUAAAUUUCAUCAAGUUUAGAGAAACGCUGCGUUUAGUGGCUACAAAAGUCUCUGCGAAAGUCAGUCUAAAUCAUUUGCCUAUUCUGCACUUCGGCUUCAGUUCCCAUCUCGCUUCAGUAUUAAUUUAGUCGAUUGCUUGGAUUCACCUGAAAUCAGUCUCCAUGUUCCAAAUGCUCCCGCUGUCGAUUUAGUUUGCGACAUCAUCUUCGCUCAGUACACUCUCCUUUCUGCUAGAGAGGUGCAUUGCAUCGGUGGUUCUUGUUUUCUGAUAUUAUGUCGACCAGCAACUUGAGCAACUUCUCAUCAAGCGAAAAGGAUUUGGAUUGUGGAGCAUUAUAUGAGUCAUAUGUGUUCAAAAUAAGUUUGAUAGUUGUCUACUGUAUGGUCUUGUUGGUUGGCUUGACUGGAAACGCCCUUAUAAUCACUUUGGUGUACAAGCGGAAAGACUUAAGAAAGACGAUAAAUCAGCUUAUCGCCAACAUGGCAUUUUCUGACUUUGUCUUUCAGUUGACAUCCAUUCCAGUUGAGUUGGCGAAAGCAGCGUAUGGUCAAUGGCCGAUCGCUGAACCAGCCGGAUCAAUCUUCUGCAAGAUCCAGAGUUUUGUUGUUCAUGUCUCAGUCUAUGUUUCUGUACAAAGCCUAACUUGGAUUGCAUUAGACCGGUUUAUAGCGGUAGUCUUUCCAAUGAAAGUCCAUCUCAUUUCCUCCAGAUUUCGCGUUUUGGCCAUUGCUUCCACAUGGAUCGUUGCCCUUUUGUGCGGCUCCGCAUCUUCUUUUGAUUCUAAAGUCGUGCACAAAAAUGGUGCACUUGAAUGUACAGAGAAAACAACUGCAAUUUCUCAAUAUGCUGGAGCCGCCGGUUCCUUUGCUUCGUUGAUUUCCAUAACAAUUUUAUACUGUACUAUAGCGGUAACUCUACGAAGGAAAAAUAAAGCGCUUCCGACUUCAGUUGUGAAUGGAAACGUUCAGAGAAAACGGCAAGCCGUGAAAAUGUCUAUUUGCGUCGUGGCAGCCUUUUAUUUAUGUUUUAUCCCUGUCAUUAUUAUUGCCUUGUUGUCAGGAAAAGUACUGAAAAGAUCAUGUUUGUUACUCAGAGUACUAUGGCCAUUUACCGGCUUGACGAUCAACCUAUCAAGCUCAGCAAAUCCAAUAAUCUGUUUCAUCUUUGUCGAAAACUACCGGCGUGGCCUGAGAGAAUUUUGUGGUUCGUUUCUUAUUAAAUGCUCGAAGAGAAGACAAAACAUUGACAAUAGUCCAAAAGGAAUAACUCUUCAGAGGGUUAGAAGGGUCCUACAAAACUCUUAUAGUAAUUAA